UUCCUUCAUUGUUAAUUAUAAAUUAGCAUAUAAUUUAACUUUGAUAUAUAUAUAGGUUAAUUUAAGCAUGAUGAGGGUAUUUGAUUGAUAAGAUUUUGACUGGCAUAUAUAUGUAUAUAUGUAUGUAUAUGUAUGGGAUGCGGAUGUACACGUGGGCUUGUGUGCACCAUUCUUUUGUUUUCUUGGAGCAUGGUCGGUCGGAGGGCAGCAUCUUCUUUUCUUUCUUUUUCUCUAAUCAUUCAUACUCUCAUACUGCUACCUAAUAUCAGUUGUAUAUGUACAUCUCUUUAUUCAUCAACUCAAUUUUAGUCUUCCAGAUUAACGUCUAUCUAUCUAUCUAUCUAUAUGGCUCUCAUCAAGGGCUGGCCCUGUGUCUGUGUCUGUGUUGUCUGUGUCUGUGUUGUCUGAGUCUGAGUUUAUAAGAAAGCCGCAUUCAAUACUUGGAAAUUCAUAUUGCAUAUUGAGUUUUCUCUUCUCAGACAAAACCCAAACCACAGGUAAUCCUGCAACAAACUUAUGUGGUAGUUUCACACAAACUAAUUGUAAAAUCUUGAGGAUCUGGAGGAGGGAAGUAGCAGAAGGGUUUUCAUCAAGAUCCAACAUCCUCGGUUUCUGCAGCAGCAAUUAAUUCAUCAUCAGCUUUUAGCACAAAUUAUGAGCAGCAUAAGAUGAUUCCAAGGGAAACAGAUUUCACCAAGCAGGAGAGCAGCACAAGUCAUGAUCAUAAUCCCAGCAAGAACUUCAAGGCCUCAUCAUCGAGCUCGACAACGUCUUGGUCCAGGUUUAAGGAUCCAAGAAUCGUGCGCGUCUCUAGAGCGUUCGGAGGGAAAGACAGGCACAGCAAAGUCUGCACUGUAAGAGGGCUGAGGGACAGGCGAGUGAGGCUGUCCGUUCCCACUGCCAUCCAAUUAUACGAUCUUCAAGACCGGUUAGGGCUAAAUCAGCCGAGCAAAGUGGUUGAUUGGUUGCUCAAUGCUGCAAAGCAUGAAAUUGAUGAACUGCCCCCACUCCAAAUCCCUCAAGGGAGCUUAAUUGGCCAAAGUCUUGAGCAAGUGCUGUCUAAUUCCCAUCAUGAAUUGGGAGCUUCUCAGUCGGACAAACACGGCCUAAAGAUCGGUGGAGGAAGCAUCAAUUGGGAUAUUAAUGAUCCUUUGACGCAGCCCAGACCAAGUGUUUUUGGGGGGAAAUCUAAGGAUUUUGAAGGAGAAACAAGUGGUAGAGAUGAUCAGGCUAAUUGGGCAAGAAAUGAAGAAGAUCAAAGGCAAUUUAACUUGGAAAACCAAAGUGCUGCAUACAACUUCUCCUCCAGCCAAAAUCCCUCUUCACUACCAAUUAAUGCUGUUAAUCCAUUCAAUUCAUUUGUUAGAUGGGAUCCCUCAAAUUUAACUCUAUCUCACCCUCCAAGAAGCCAUGGAUUAAUGGCUCAACCCGAAGAUUGGCACAAUUUCAGCCUCGUCCCGUUGCAGCCAACGCUGUCGACUGUGCCAUCAGGAUCUCAUCAUCAUCAUCAGGUUCUUGUGUAUCAGCCUGCUGGAUUGAGCACACAAUCUUAUUUUCCCUCUCAAAUGCCUCCCACUGGUACUGAAUUCGACCCGAAACAAGUGAACUUUCAGAGUUCACAUGUCUCAAAUUCUUCCCUUAGUUCACCUGUUCAUGACUCCACUACUCAGCCUGUCAGGCCAAUCCAUUUCAACAUGACUGCAAAUCUCCUCCCUUCACAAAACAACGACGGAAGCUAGCUAGCAAGAAAUGGCACUCAUGAGUUCAAUUAAUUCUGGGGCAGCCUUAAAUUAAGCAUUUGGAGAAUUGUUUAGAUCAAUCAUGCCUGUUUUUUUCUCCUGAGCAAGCAUGAUGACAAGCUCAUCGUUUAGGGAUCAAUCGGAGAAUUAAUUUCUAGUGAUCAUAGUUGUCAAGAUUGUGAUUUCAUGGUUGAUUUCAUAUACAUGAUCGAUCGAUGGAAGUGCCAGAGAUGCUUCUGGGAGAAGUACAUAGAAGCUUUCCAGUUGGUUACAGUGGAUGAAUAUAGCUGAUCAUAUAUACACUGGUAAGGUGCCUACUACAUAUAUAUAUAUAUAAAGAUUUUGUCUGUUUAAUAUUUCAUUUUAUUACCAAUGAUCAA